AUGGCUUCUGAGUGCUGCAUCAGUAUCACCAAAUAUUUCCUGUUUCUCUUCAACUUAAUCUUUUUUUUUCUGGGCUCAGCUCUCCUUUCUCUGGGACUAUGGAUAAUAUUUUCAGAGUCGAUCUUUCUCAUACCUGCUCCUCGCUUCCUAUCCCUGUCUCUCUUCUCCUAUUUGCUGAUUAUCAGUGGUGCGGUCACUAUGUUUUUAGGCUUUUUUGGAAGCCUUGGUGCACUGAAGGAGUUUAAAUGUAUGCUGGGAGUGUACUUCCUCCUGCUCACCCUGAUACUUGCAGCGCAGAUCAUUGGUGGAGUUUUGCUUUAUACACAGCGAAGCACAUUUCAGGGUUCCCUAGAGCACCAUGUUGUGGAACUCAUUAAGUCAGUUGGAAAGAAUGACUCAAGUCUCCAAGAUUUUAAACAGACCCUAGAGUUCCUUCAACAUGAGGCUGAGUGCUGUGGCUGGAAGGGCAUAAGUGACUGGGAAAUAGCCCCCUGUUCCUGUUACUACUCUGAAAACAUCACAGCUAAUGCAACAGCACAGAGCUCAGAGAUAUGCACCUGUCCCAACAUUGACGAGUGUAAGGCAUAUCAACAGGGUUGCCAGGGCAUUAUUAAAAAGUGGCUGGAUGAACAUAUUCUAAUCAUUCUUGCAGUGCUAGCUGCUAUAGCUGUGGUGGAGUGUCUUCAGUGGCUGUGCCUUGUUUUAUUUUGUUGUCUUAACCGUUCCUGUCGCUGUUGCCACCCAAGAAAGUCUCAUGGCAGCCAUGUUCAACUCUCCAGAUAUGUGGUUUGAUCCUUUCGAUGUGUCUGUAUAGAAGAGUUGCAGAGGAUUACAGCACUGCAUUUUCCCGUUAGACUGCAGUGGAUCGCUGGAAUAACAACAGCUAUUUACACACAUUCAUACACACAUGCUGUUCAUUUUAUAGCUCAUUAUUACUACUGUCUGCAUCUGACUGCCUUGUUGAUUUUUAUAUGGUGUGUUUCUAAAUAAAUAAUA